AUGAAAAAUCUGUAUAUGUUUCAUGGCCUUUUCCUGAACACCAUGAAAAUCAAAAACUUGUUGUACAGGGCGUUCUAUGACAAGAUAAACAAAACAUGGCUGGACCACCUUUUCUUCCUGUUGUUUGAGAAAGCUCUAAGAAAGCCUCCCGGUGCAGCAGAUAAAGAUGGCCAAAAUGUUACUUUUCCAGAUAUUUUUCCUGGUGUCCAGUGGCUGAAUCUACCUUUAACUACGGAGGUAGGCUUGUGGCUGAGCACCCACUGAGUUCUAAAUGAAAGCAUAUUGUUCAAUUAUUUGGGUCAGUCUGUCCUCAUGAGUUAUAAUAAUAUUUCUUUUUUUUUAUGAAAAUUAUUUACUUUAAAAAGGAAAGAGCACACUGUUAAUGUUAACAGUGGAAGAGAACGGUUGUUGAAUUCAUAUUGAGUGUUUAAUUGUUAUCUUUUUUUUUUUACUGAUAUACAUGUAGAGUAUGUAUCAUGUUGACAGCGCUGUGCUCUAGCAUCACUCAAGGCCCCUGGCACCCCAUUUUUUAUCUUGGGCAACUAGGAAUUCUUAGUUUUUGUAUAGAAAUCAUAUGCUGGACACCCUAGAUUUCUCCCUAGAAUGUUUCUCAGAGCACUGCAUUCUUUAACAAUGCAGUCAUGCACUUCAUAGCAGUCCUUUUAAUAUAUUUUGUUUGUAUGCUGUAUUUAGGUGGAUGUUCAUUGCUGCUUCAGUGAAUUGGAAGCAGCUGAUUAUGGAGAAUUUGUAAGUCGGUUUUAUCCCAAUAAGUGAUUCCUUCAAGUGUUCCAUCCUUUAAAAAACCUAAACAAUUCUAAGGUGUAAACCUCAACCCAAGUGAUUGCACUUGAUCCAAUGAGAACAGCAAGAAGGAGUUAAAGCCAACUUACAUUUGAGGGGUUCUGUAGUUUGUCUUUACAACUACAUUUUUUUCUUUCAUUUCCCUUCAGGCAGAUGACUAUUUUCAAAUUAGAAGAUUAUAUACAAUUUUAGGAUCUAGCAUAUUUUAUAAGGUAUGGAUAAAUAAUUUUUGUCAGGCAUUCUGUGAAUCUGUUUCUAUUGCCUAUAUAAAACUCUUAUGCAUUUUGAAUUUGUAGUAGAAUGUAGCAAUACUAAUUGGGGCGCUUGAGUUUGUGAAUGUCGGCAGCAAAAAUUUGUCCUCAUGAUACAAGAAAUUAUAAAAUCAACUAAAAGCAUUAUUGUUUGAGUAUAUUUUUUAUAAAUUUCCCAUUACCACUUUGCAGGGAUAUUUAGUUGCUAAUCAUUUACCAAGAGAAGAUUUAGAAGAUGUUGUAUUAUAUUGUAAAUAUCACUGUUUACUGGCCAUGAGUGCAGAGCAGCGUGUUGGACAACUUGUUAUCUGGAGGGAGGUAGGUUGUUUCAUUUUCAUUUUCAUUGAUUUAUUUAUUGAUCGAUUUGUCUUUUUCUUUUCUUUUUUUUUUUUUCAUCUGUGCUCAGUUAAGCUAAAUUACCGGCUUUUUAAAUAUAUAUUAUUGAUUCAAGGUGUAGUCUAACCGUAUUACUUGGCUCCAUUCACAGUCACCCCAUUGUAUGAUCUUGUCAGAUUUCGUUAGUCACUGUAAACAGAACCUUUUUAAAAGUGGCCACUCGUCCCUUACCUAAGGGUGGUUGCUUGGUAGGGUCCAACUGUAUAUGCUUAGUUUUCACCCUACACGUUUUCGUGUAGGUACAAAAGCAAGAAGAUCAAAACCUCGUUCCAAGGUUCUCUGUCCUACCGGACGGGUAGGAGAGAACCCUGAGAACAAAGUUGAGAAGAUCACUCUGAUUGCUCACUAGGGCUCAAAACUAAGUCCUGUCUGGUUGUGUGGGACACUGGGUAGCUUUUCUUACUGGGCAACAAAACUUUUAAUUUGCUCACUUGCCUGACGGGCAAGGAUCCAGGCAAGUCAUUCCCUAACAAAAUCAUACGCUAAGACAAGCAAGUAGCUGCCCUUGGCAAACAAACGUGAGUGCUUGCCCUAAGGACGCAGUGCUAGAAUUCAAGUUUUGUGGUUGUUGUUUUUCGAGCACUGUUCACAUUACUUGAAAAUAAAUUGUCUCCAGGUUUUUCCAACAAGAAGAAGUUCUAAGAGUAGAAGAGAAGAGGACAAAGAGUAUCGUGAACCUUCAGCAAGAUAUUUCUUGCUCAUAGUAGGCAUGGUAAGACACGCCUAUAGUGAUUUAUGUAGUAUUGGUUUAAGAAAAGAGGGAAAAGGGAGGGUGGUGGUAUACAGGGAGAGUUUUCAGGGUAAGAGAUAACAUGUGGGAACAUUUCCAAGAGCACUGACAAUUUACAGGUGGUGUCUUGGUUGAAUACCAGCUAAGGUUGCUGUUAUAAGAAUUUGGCUACUAUUGUUGUGUGGAUUUCUUUUUUAGUUAAGUUAAACUGCUCCCUGUUUUGUCUUGUUUUUCACUUUAGUGAUUGUGAGAAUUGUCUUAAACUGACGCCUGCUUCAGCAAUCUGAUGCCUACUGAUUCUGAGAUUUAAUGAAGCAUCUCUCAACCCCACUCCCAUGCAAGCAGACCUGCCUAAGUGUACAAAAAUAAAUGUAUAUAGAAGUAUUGCUUUAUAGCCCUGACCUAGUAAAGUAAAGAGACUUUUUAUCUAUAAUAUUAUUUCUAUUCUUAUCGCUGUAACAAAGUUAAAUAUAGAGAAAACCACAUUAAUUUUGAUAGAUUAGUAUUAUGAAUAAACUAUUACAUUUUUUUGUUUAGAAACAUUGGCUCAUGUGUGUCCUAUUAGAGGCGGGAGGUAUCUCAAAACGGUAAGUAUACUGAUCGAGGAAGUUACAUAUAUUGAAUUGCAAGUAACUUUACUACGUGUGUCAUAAUUUUGUCUUUAGUGUUUUAGAGACAAAUAUUUUAUGCAUUUAGAGAGACCCUUGUGCAGAGGCACUUGGUCAUUAGACCGUGACAUGUAUAUUGUAUUCAACUUUUACACAUUUUACCUUAGACCAAUUUUGUAUAUAUUUAUAGCGCCACGUGGAGUAUUUUCUCAUCCCUGUUGACGCCGUUGAUCGGCAAAAGCUUGGAUUUUUAUUGUUUUAAAACGGACAGUAGUUUAAGGCCUCAUAUGAACAUUUCAGUUUUUUGUUAUUAUUAUUAUUUUGUCUGUAGUGUUACGCUCGAAGCCUUCACUUGAAUUCGUGUACUUUCUCAGCUAGAACUCUGUCGCAUUGUAAAUAAGUUAUGGUGAAAUUUACAUACAUCUCAUUCCUUUUGUUGUUUCUAUAUUAUGUUAUAUUUAUAUUUAUUUAUUUAUUUAUUUAUCUACUUAUUUAUUUAUUAUGAAGGGCUGAGGGCCACCCCCCACCGAAUACUUACUAUGUGGAUCAAGUCAAAAACACUUUGCAUCAAAUUGAAUCCAUGGACAUUCCCUCUCUUUGGGAAGCAAGGUACAGUGCAUAAUUAAACGUAGAUACAGCUUUUACGUUCUAUGUACAGAAUUUACAGUGAUAAAAACGCUAGGUUUUACUGUCAGAGCAGAUAUUUUCAGUUAAGUUGUUUAAGUGGAAAACUUUCGCGAAACCUCGAAUAGAAAUUUCUUUCAGCCAACUCGUGGUCGUGCUUGCUGUUUAAGUUAGUGACAGACUUAAGCUGCUAACUAUAAUUAAUUAAAAAUUCAAUGUGCAAAACCGAACAUUUCAAAAAGAUUUUCACAGCGAUGUGACUUCAAGCCCACGGCUUUCAAAUCGUGAUCAAGAUAGUUGAAUAUUAGUGUGCUCCUUUGCUGACCUUUUCCUGUUUUUGAGUGGUAUACCGUGAAAUAUCGUGCGUUCUGGUAGCCCAAGAAAACUACAUUUAAGGAGUUAAAUACAACCCACGGAAUCAGAAUUCGACACGGAUAUACAGCCCUCUGCCCGUUUCUUCAUUCGCGGCAUGGAGUGCUAACCUUAGGAUUGGACGGAAUAUGUACUAGGAUUACUUGCUAUAUCUUCGCAAGUUAUUCCUUACCUAUUGCUUUGUUGUACAUAUACUACUAUUUUUUUUCAGUUUACGGAGCCCUCGCAAUCCUCCACUGGCCUCAGCUGACGCCCUGCUUAUAAGUCCCCCAACGACAAUGCUACAGAAGUCGUCUUCAAGCUUUGGUGGCUCCGACACUCCCAGCUCACAGAAAAAGCACGGCAGUUUAGAUAACUUGAGACUACAAGGUACUUGUACUCUUAUUUAGUGACGUUCGCUUAACAGUUAGCAGUUUGUCAGUGAACUAAUCCGCCAGGCAUUAGGAAGUCAUUUACAUGUUGUCAAUCAGUCAAUAAGUUUUUUUGAAUUUUGCGCAAGGCAGCAGUCAGUUAGCCUUUCAGUUUGUUUUCCAGUCCAGUCAAUGUUAGCCAGUCCCUUAGCCAGGUAGCCAUUCAGCAGUUAUUGAAUCGGUAAGUCUGCCAGUCACUCUGCAAAACAAUCACUCAGUCAGUCAGUCACAGAAGUAUAACACUCACAUCUGUCGGUCGGUCAAGUUAAAAAGUUUAAUUGUCCACCUUAUCGAAAGAGAUUUGAAAGCUUCCGUUUCAAUUGAUAGCUCUUCGCCAAUCAGUCGAUCAUUCUGUUUGGAACUACCCAUUCAGUCAAGGAGUGAGCCAACAGUUAGUAAUUCAUUCAGUCAGUCAUUCAAUCAAUUAAUCAGUUAGUCAGAUAAUUGAAAGUCCAACCAGAUACUCAUUUGUGGUUAUUUAAAACAGUGUUACACCAAAUCAAAUAAGCUCCUUGUCUUCUCACAUUAUCGCUUUUCAGAUGAAGUAGAUUCUAAUGAUAGUGGGAGUAUACCCUCGGUUAUUCGCCGCACAGGAUCCGAUAGUUCUGGAAGUCUGGGCAGCUUCGGAGCCAAAGGUAAACUGAGAUCGUUGCGGUCUCAGUUUUCUCUCAACUCUGCAGGAACGUUCAGAAAGAGUUUACCUGAAAAUAUGCCGGACUUGUCUCAAGUGGUCACAGGAAAGUAAGUAAAACCGUCAAAGUUAGGAUGUUAAGGGCCUUGAGGCCAAUGAAAACGUCGCUGAAACAUUGACUUCAAACGUUUUCGCUAUAAUACCAUGUCAUCCAGUUAGGAGAGCCGAGAAGGUACCCCGUCCGAGUAUUGCAUUUGUCGUUACCUUUUUCAAGUCAAUGAAGUUAGUUUUCGUUAGUUGGGCGAAGUUAGUUUUUAUGAUGCAUGUGCAGAGCUUUCGUUUUGCUUACUAAGACCCCGUUAACACGGGUCUGGAAAAAUUUUUAAACGGAAAAAAAAAUUGCACCGAUUUGCCUUACGUUUACAAGGGACCUGCGAGACCUUGCAUGAGUUUUUGAAGGGCAAACAGUGCUGCAAUCUGUAGCAGAAUUUGCACGGUUCCGUGUAGACGGCUUGCACGGGAAAAAAUUUGUCCAUUGAAACAUUUGUCGAGACCCGUGUAAACGGGGUCUAAACCAAUUGUGUUUUCGACGUUCCCGCUGCCGUCGCCGUCGCCGUCGCCGUCGCCGUCGUGGUUUCGUACUGAGGUUCCCAAUAAAUAGAGCGAUUUUCGUAUGACCUUGAUAUGAAAAUGUGCGAACAAACAGAAGCGAACAAACGAACGGAAAUAGAGCGAUUUGAUUGGUUUAUUAAACGGAUAUAAACGGGCGUCGAGUUUGUUUGAUUAAGCGAACGCUCGGGUAAAAAACACUUCAUGCCCGAGAACUUUCUAGAAAUCAACUGAGCCGAUACUUUGCUUUGACGUCAUACUGCAACACGAUUGGUCAAUCGAACAAUGCCUUCUCCAUAUUAGGGUUUUCUUUGGCGGGAUAACAAGGAGGCCAUGGUUUGAUCUUUCCAUCCAUUGGCUGAUAAAACAAAUAACGAACACUCACCGAAACUAUUUUUCAAGGUUAUACGAGAAUCGCUCUAGCUUGGCUGAUUUCUGUUCUGACAUUUCACCCACAAUAUUAUUUUAAACAGCAAAAUAGUAUUCAUGUACACCCUUUCUCAGUUUGUGUGAGUUUAGGUUGUGGUUUUGUUGCGCUCCACGUUUAUCCGUGACUUUUUCGUGUAUUAUUUUUGCUUCCAUAAUUAUUAUAAUUUAAGUGAAAAAACUUAAACUACAACCAACACACGACCAUAUAUAGUUGACUGUGUUUUCUGUCAUGCUAGGUUGACUGCUGGUAUAGAUAACACCUUGUUUCAUUAUGUGAGCUGGGAUUCAUUUCAUGGCAUUGUAGUCUGUCCGAAUGAUGGCGAUGCGCCCACUACGGGAGGACUGGUACAUGCAGAGGUGGUGAACACGUUCCAGAAAACCUGUCUCUCCAUGCGUAGAUUAUUUUCUCCUUAUUACAAGCAGGUAUGUCGAAAAACCAUUUUACAAUAACUGAGUAAUUUCUUGUUCGCUAAUUUGUAGAGAGUUGGAAAUGAGCUCAUGGUGACGCGAUUUGCUUUUUUCUUUCUUAAAGUGGCAGUGUACCUUAUACGAGGUGUUAAUUGAGGAGACUGCUACCGCUCGUACUGUUGAUUUUGAUUGUAAUAACAGUAAUGCGUAUUUUGCACAAAUAUGCGAAAACUGGAGCCAAAUUCAAGCAAUUAUUGUAAUAUCAUUUUCCCUUCAACAGCGCUUAAAGCAGAAAAAUCCCAACGCACGUUUUACAUGUACCGUAGUGGAGGAUGUGGUCGAACAUGGCGUGAUGUUCCACCGAAUUCCAGACAACGCAACUGAACAAAAGAAGUCUCCAUCAAUCUUCAAGUAUUGGGUUAUCGGGUACGUUUAGAAAGAAUUCGAACUGUUACGAGGAAAUAGGCAAGCUCUAGGUGGGAGCAGUAAGAGGUUGCCUUUUAGUUUACUUUCUUCGUAUUUCUUUUUAUUGCUAUUUCUUUUUUUCUCUUCUUCUUCUUGUCGUCAUUGUAUAUAUUUGAGGUGUGAAAGAGCCGUCUGUUGCGGCAAGCUGACCAAUAGGCCAUUUGUUGUUGCCCAAGCCUCUGUUUUUAAGCGAGGCUAAGUAAGAAGCCAUCGAUAUGAAAAUGAGUUUUUAUUCUCAUCCAUAAAAACUCAUUUUCCUUAGAAGGUUUUUGCACUUAGCCUCGUUUUGAAAGUGAGAGAUUUUGGAACUCGGAAAUGGCCUAUUGGAGUGUGUUAUUUAAAAUAAUAUCUCGGAAGGGAAGGAAACUGCGCUUGAAAGCAUAUACCAGCACGUUUAAGUCAAAUGUGAGUGAUAUUAAAAGCUAAUUCAUAAUACUUUCUUCUGUUGAACCUAGACGGCUUCUACCAGGAGAUCAUCCGCGUGAACUGUACGUGUGUCACCACCAGUCAGUGCCUCAAUCUGUGGUAGAGUUGGCCUUCAAACUGGGUUUUGGAGUUUGA